AUGCGAAUUGCCUCGUCUAUAGGCGUAGGCCUGGCUGUUAUCGCCCAGGUGCACGCUUUGGCACCGCGCACUCAGGUUGCAGAUGAAUAUGAUUUUGUCGUUGUUGGUGGAGGUCAAGCUGGUCUCGUGCUCGGAGCCCGUUUAUCAGAAAUUGCAAAUUACACCGUCCUCGUGCUGGAGGCAGGGACCAAUGGAGACGAAUAUCGACACCGCAUAGAUACGCCUGCGUACUCCUACUACGACUCGCUAUGGACGACACCAAUGAAUUGGGCAUAUUAUACUGUUCCUCAGUCUAAUGCCGAUAAUCGCCAGAUACAAUGGCCCCGUGGAAAGGGGCUUGGAGGCAGCUCUGCAAUCAACGGAUUGUAUAUGACGCGACCUGGUAAAGAUGAGAUCAAUGCGUGGAAAGACCUGCUAGGAGAUAUGGACGGCGCAGACAAUUGGUCGUGGGAUUCAUUCUAUGCUGCACUGAAGAAGAGUGAAACAUUCACGCCUCCAUCGGAUGCAAUUGCUACCGAAGGAAAUGUCACAUGGGAUCUUUCCACUCGUGGCACUCAGGGACCGAUCCAUGCAUCGUAUCCUGGAUAUACCUUCCCAGAAGUCGGCGAAUGGAUCCAGUCUCUGGACGCAAUGGGCGUUGCUAGUUCCAGUGGAAUGUAUGGCGGUGAUGUUUACGGCGCCGAGGUCUCGACCUCAAGUAUCAACCCUACGAACUGGACACGUUCGUACAGUAGGACGGGCUAUCUCGACCCUCUCGCUGACAACGGCAACUACGAUGUCGUGGCUGAUGCAUUCGUCAUGCGCCUGCUUUUCGACAGUUCAUCUCCCUUGGGUAAUUUGACGGCAAACGGUGUUCAGUAUACGCUCGACAAUGGCAAGACAAAUUGCACGGUCAAAGUCAACAAGGAGGUUAUUAUAUCAGCGGGAACAAUUGGCAGUCCGGCAGUGCUGCUUCACAGCGGUGUUGGUCCGAAGGAUGUUCUUUCGGAUGCCGGAGUUAAGUUGGUGUCUGAACUUCCUGGUGUGGGUCAGCAUCUUCAAGAUCAUCUCAGCGCUACUAUCAAAUGGAAUACGAGCGUUGUGACCUCGGGUUCGAUCUUCUAUCAGAAUCUGCCUGACAAGAACAAUACUCUCUACCUCUCUUAUAUCGAUUCAGCCAUUGCCUACGUCAACUCUACACUGAUGUAUGGUGAUAAACUGGGCUCUCUGCAAAAGAAUAUUACCACUCAAAUCAACUCAUACGCGCUGAACAUAACUUAUGAUGCCGGCGUUGUUGCCGGAUUCAAGGCAAUUGCAAACAUAACGGCAACCACCAUCCUCGAAAGUUCUAUCGGCCAAAUUGAGCUCUUGUUCAUGAACAGUGAUUCAAAUGGUGAUAUCGGCAUCACUGCUGCCCUUCAACAUCCUUAUAGCCAUGGCCGCGUAUACAUCAAUUCCUCGAAUCCACUAGAUUAUCCAGUGAUUGAUCCGAAUUACAUGGGCUUUUCUGCCGAUUAUGAAAUCCUCCGCGACGGCCUCAAACUCGCCCGCCAACUCGGCAACACCAAGCCCCUAAGCGGCUGCCUAACAGCUGAGAUCUCACCAGGCCCCCAAGUCAAAACCGACGAUGACUGGCUUGACUGGAUCCGCGAAUCAGCCGGCUCGGAAUUUCACCCUUCGUCAUCCUGUGCAAUGCUGCCACGAGAACAGGGUGGUGUUGUCGACGCCAACCUUCGCGUGUAUGGACUUGCCAAUGUCCGCGUUGCAGACGCCAGUGUUGUCCCGAUUUCAUUGUCGACGCAUCUCAUGUCUUCAACGUACGGCGUGGCCGAGCAAGCUGGUAAUAUCAUUCGUGCGUACUACACAAAUACGACGACUGGCACAGACGGUUCUGGUCCUGGAUCUACGUCGCCAGCGGGCACGGUGUUGGGCGCUCAUUCGACUACCAGUACUGCCGCUACACCGACGGCGCCUUCUGGUGGAGUGCAGACCGUUUCUGUGGUGUCUGCUUGGGUUGCGGUUGUUCUCGCUGCAUCGGUUUCCAUCUUCCUGUCUUUUUAA